AAUGUAGAGCGGUGAACACGUGACAAUCCCGUUCCCUCACGUGCCACCGCCAUGCAAUUCCCUCUCCAUUAUAAACACACACAACAACUCACCUUCUCCGAAUCGCAAUCCUGAAAAUGGCUCAAAUCCAGCCCCACUACGAUCUUUCCCACCGGAAGCAGCAGCCGCAGCUCUCUCACCAGGUGGCCAAGACCACCACCGCCGUCACCCUCGGCGGCUCCCUCGUCGUCCUCUCCGGCCUCACCCUCGCCGCCACCGUCAUCGGCCUCGUGCUCGCCACCCCGCUGCUCGUCAUUUUCAGCCCCGUCCUCGUCCCCGCAGCCAUCGCCGCCUUCCUCAUCCUCGCCGGCUUCGUCACGUCCGGCGGCUUCGGGGCCGUCGCCAGCUUCGUGUUCUAUUGGAUGUAUCGAUACGCCACGGGAAAACACCCUGUCGGGGCCGAUCAGAUCGACCGCGCCAGGGACAAGAUCGCGCACGCCGCUUAUGAUGCCAAGGAGAAGGCUGAGCACUACGGGCAGCAGCACGUGAAGGGCGGCCAGGGAACUUGAAAACCUUUAAUUAUAACCUAAUUUUCGUUGUUACUAUUAGUUUCUGUGUUGUUUUUGCUGUUAAUUACGUGUUGAUGUUUUUGUGUGUUUGCGUACCCUUACUCAUAAUUCACAAUUUGUGAUCACAUCAUUAAUAAUUUUCUGUCCCCCUAUGAGUUCAUGUGUUACUUAUUUUUAUCCUUUCACCUUGCUUUUCACCAAGUGACACAGAAUAUAAGUGAGGCAUCCUUUUUUCAUAA